CCCACGGGGCCAUGAGGAGAUAAGACCCCGCCGUGCUCCGCCAGUAUGUUCGGCCGCUCCCGGAGCUGGGUGGGCGGCGGGCACGGGAAGGCCGCCCGCAGCAUUCACUCCUUGGAUCACCUCAAGUACAUGUAUCAUGUCUUGACUAAAAACACAACAGUGACAGAUCACAACCGCAAUCUCCUGGUGGAAACUAUCCGUUCUAUAACAGAGAUCCUCAUAUGGGGGGACCAGAAUGACAGCUCGGUGUUUGACUUCUUCUUGGAGAAGAAUAUGUUUGUUUUCUUCUUGAACAUCUUGCGCCAGAAGUCCGGCCGUUACGUUUGUGUGCAGCUGCUGCAGACUCUGAACAUCCUUUUUGAGAACAUCAGUCAUGAAACAUCGCUGUACUACUUGCUAUCUAAUAACUAUGUGAAUUCUAUUAUUGUCCAUAAGUUUGACUUUUCUGAUGAGGAGAUCAUGGCAUAUUACAUAUCAUUUUUGAAAACUCUUUCCCUGAAACUCAACAAUCAUACUGUGCAUUUCUUUUACAACGAGCACACGAAUGACUUCGCUUUGUACACAGAAGCCAUUAAAUUUUUUAACCACCCAGAAAGCAUGGUCAGGAUUGCUGUUAGGACUAUAACUUUGAAUGUCUACAAAGUGGACAACCAACCUAUGCUGCAUUACAUUAGAGAUAAAACUGCAGUCCCUUAUUUCUCCAACCUUGUCUGGUUUAUUGGAAGCCAUGUGAUUGAACUGGAUAACUGUGUGCAGACUGAUGAAGAGCACAGGAAUAGGGGCAAGCUGAGUGACCUGGUAGCAGAACAUCUUGAUCAUUUGCAUUACCUUAAUGAUAUACUUAUCAUUAAUUGUGAAUUUUUAAAUGAUGUGCUGACAGACCACCUGCUUAAUAGGCUCUUCCUUCCCCUCUAUGUGUAUUCAUUAGUAAAUCAAGAUAAGGGUGGGGAGCGUCCAAAAAUAAGUCUCCAAGUUUCUCUCUAUCUUCUUUCUCAAGUUUUUCUUAUUAUACAUUAUGCCCCUUUGGUGAACUCACUGGCUGAGGUUAUACUUAAUGGUGACCUGUCUGUGUUUUCUUCUAAAGCUGAGCAAGAUGUUCAGAAAAACUCAGUGAAGUCAAGUAUCAGAUGUUUCAUAAAACCAACAGAAACACUUGAGAGGUCUCUUGAAAUUAAUAAACAGAAGGGGAAGAAGAGAGUGCAGAAAAGACCCAACUAUAAGAAUGUUGGUGAAGAAGACGAGGAGGAGAGACAAUCUGAAGAUACCCAAGAUGACUCAGAUAAAACUAAAAGUACAGAAGCGAGUUCAAAAGGCAUCAGAACAAGCAGUGAAAAUGAAGAAAUAGAGAUGGUCAUCAUGGAGCGAUGCAAGCUCUCAGAAUUGUCCAUCUCUGCUGUGACAGAACAGAAUACAACGGAUGAAGAAAAGAGUGCUGCUGCCUCUGGAAGUGAGAUAACAAACUGGAACAGACCUUUUCUAGAUAUGGUCUAUAAUGCACUGGACUGUGCUGAAGAUGAUUACUAUGCCCUCUUUGUGCUCUGUCUUCUGUAUGCAAUGUCACACAAUAAAGGCAUUGACCCAGUGAAGCUGGAGAGAAUUCAGCUUCCUGCUCAACAUGCUGAAGAGAGAAAUUCAUAUAAUCAUGUACUUGCAGAAGGGCUCAUCAGAAUAAUGAAUUAUGCUGCACAACCAGAUGGAAAAAUCCGUUUGGCAACUCUAGAACUUGGCUGUCUGUUGCUGAAGCAGCUUGUGUUUUCUAAAAAUGGCAGCAUAAUAAAAGACGUUCAUCUUGCAUGCCUUGAGGGUGCAAGAGAAGAAGGCGUUCAUCUCCUUCGCCGUUUCUAUAAGGGAGAAGAAAUUUUUCUGGAUAUGUUUGAAGAUGAAUAUCGGAGUAUGACAAUUAAGCCCAUGAAUGUGGAGUACUUGAUGAUGGAUGCCUCAAUUCUGUUGCCUCCAACAGGAACACCACUGACUGGUAUUGAUUUUGUGAAAAGAUUGCCUUGUGGAGAUGUGGAAAGAACACGAAGGGCAAUCAGAGUUUUCUUUAUGCUUCGUUCGUUGUCGUUGCACUUGCAAGGCGAGCCAGAGACUCAGUUACCACUGACAAGGGAGGAAGAUCUGAUAAAGACAGAUGAUGUUCUCGACUUGAAUAACAGUGAUCUGAUUGCUUGUACAGUCAUAACAAAGGAUGGAGGUCAAGUUCAAAGAUUCCUGGCUGUGGAUAUUUACCAGAUGAGUCUGGUUGAGCCAGAUGUUGCCAGACUUGGUUGGGGAGUAGUUAAGUUUGCAGGCCUUUUACAGGAUAUGCAGGUGACAGGAGUAGAAGAUGAUAGUAGAGCUCUGAACAUUAUAAUUCAUAAACCUGCCUCAAGUCCUCAUUCUAAGCCCUUCCCUAUCCUGCAAGCCACGUUUGUUUUUUCUGAUCACAUUCGCUGCAUUAUUGCAAAGCAGCGUCUUGCAAAAGGCCGUAUCCAAGCACGGCGUAUGAAAAUGCAGAGAAUAGCAGCUCUCCUGGAUCUUCCUGUUCAGCCUUCAAAUGAAGUUAUGGGUUUUGGACACAGCUCUGCAGCUGCAUCCCAGCACCUUCCAUUUAGAUUUUAUGAUCAUGCACGACGUGGUAGCAGCGAUCCUACAGUGCAACGUUCUGUUUUUGCAUCUGUUGACAAAGUUCCAGGCUUUGCUGUAGCCCAGUGUAUAAAUCAGCACCAUCCAUCACCACUCUCGUCACCAUCGCCGUCCAGUGGCAGUGGGAGUACAGGGCGCUGUGAUUCAGUGGCUGCAAGCUCAGCUUCCACUCCUUCUGUUGCACAGAGUCCCUCAGGUCUGGCAGGAAAGGACGACGGCGGGUGUUUAGUCUGUCGGAGGCUGACAGUCACGGUGGACACUGGGUUUAGGUCUUCAAGCAGCAGCUGCAACCGAAACUCACGCAAUAUCCAUUCAGAUGACUCUCCAGCUCCCGAGCAGCCCCGCACAACUGUUUCUGGUCAGAUGACGUUGACUGAUGAAACUCUUUCAGCUGUCUCAAAGUCUAGCAAGAGUGCUGUAAAAAACAGUGACAUAGAAACAGCAAACCUGUCCCCUAGCCUGAUUCCUGCACAGCAGCCCACAAUAUCAUUAAUAUCAGAUGACAAUACGGAUGCACUAAGUGUAGAGUCGCUUACACUGGUCCCACCGGUUGAUUCGCACAGUAUUCGUACGUUCAGCUGCAUUCCUCAGCCAUCUUUGCAGUCUGAGCUUGAAGUUAGCAAGGUAAAAGAGAUAGAAGACGAGUGUUCUGACUAAGUCUACCCACAGACUGUGAUAAACAGUGAUGCAAAUUAACCAAAUUCUUCAUUGUAUUUUUGUUUCUUUGGGAGCACAAGAUACUUCCUGCAGCAUCAGAGACACCUGGUCUGCAAGAAGAGGCCCAGCGAUGAAAGAAUGUGGGCAGCUUUUAGAAUAAGCAUCAGAUGUUUGGCAUAUUUAAACCAGGGGAAGAAAAGAAACUGGAUUGGACAUUUCCCUAGCCAUUUCUGUUGUACAAGAGCACCUACUUUCUUCCUAUUAUCAAAUAAAGAUCCAGCUGCAGUAACCUUAUAGUCAAAGACCUACAGUGCUAAGGCAAAGCGAAGACAUUUUUGGAUACCUGGCUUCAAGAUGUUGAAUUGCUACUUCUUUGAAACUGGAGGCAUAUUGUUCACCAGGAACAAUAGUAUAAAGUACUUUAUAGUACAAAGAUUCCAUUUCCAUUUGUUUCAUUGUUUUUUAUUCUGAUCUCGUUCAGCUUUUGGAGGCCUCUAUGAUACCAGCAGGCUCGUCCCCUUUCCGUGUUGUGUUCACAGGACUCCAAGGUUCAGUGCUUUGUUUCCCAUGUGUAAUAUUUAUUUCAAAGUCUGAUUCAAAGCAAGAUGCAUCUAAAAAUAUUUUUUUCAUAAGGUAAAACUCUGAAACUUAAUAUGAGAAUUGCUUAGUCAUAUGAUUGCAAGACAUUUUUGAAACAUUUUUAGUCUUUGCUUAACUAGCUACAAAGAUAAGAAAUAUUUUAAAAUCUACUGCUUGUUUGCUCACUUCUGACAGUCAAAUUGCUACACCUCUGAGGAAUGAUGGUAUGAUGAUACCCCUUCUACUGAAGAACAGCUAGAAGCAGACAGAGGCACUUUUAUUCUUAAAAGGUUUGGGGGGUUUUGUUAUUGGAGCUCUUUCUUGUUAGUGUCUUUGGGUUUUGUUGUUUUUUUGUGUUUUUUUUUAUUAUUUGUCUGUUUGUUUCUCAUCUUCCCAUGGGAAUAGUUCUAGUAAUUUCUUUUCAAGUCUGAAAAUGAAAGAGAAAGCUAUUGUUGGUGUUGUUUUUUUUCCCUGUUUUAAAGUAUCACCAAAAGAAAUUACAGCACAAAAGCAAUCGAGUUUGUUUGCCUUACUUUGCCUCAUAGAUCUUGAAUCUGAUUUGACAGUAAGCAGUGAAGAAAUGUGAAUUAAAGUUUGGAAUGCUCUUUGCUGAUUUUUAUGCGUAAUUUACUGUGAAUGGUAAAUUUAAGCUUUCUGAUCAAUUUCCAUACGUAGUAAGCUAAGCUGGUAGAAAAAAAGAGCCAAGUGUCAAUGCUGAUCUGUGUAUUACACUGAGUGCUGUCAAACAUUGAAGUCUACUGUAAACUUGCUGUUGUGAUUUCCAUCAUCAGUGCAAUCAGUUUCCUGGUUCUGCCUCUACUAACAUUGAUUUCUUAUCAAAUAGGUGAAUCUGAAAAGUUCUUGCCUUGCCUACUUUCCCAUCUUAAUGUAUCUCUUCCUUGCUGUCAGGUAGAGCACUUGAUUUAUGUGUUACAUUUAUGAGAUCUAAUAAUCCACGAGUGUAUCUUGACUUGCUUUUCAAUCUUUUCCUUCGUGUAAAACAUGUAUAUAAGGUGCCUGCUAUUGAAAAACAGCAUCUUUUUAACUCCCUUAUUAGCUUUUGCAAGCAGUUUUAUUGAUUUCUAAUUUUCUGUGGCUUCUAUUUUGUCUCAAAUUGAGUUACCAAAUAUUCCGACCAUUCCAGAAUGGCACAAAAUCUAAAAUUAAAUGAGAGAAUUAGGUGCUCUUAACACUGGUAUGGGUGUAUGGUGGUGAGAAUUUGGCCUUGCUGCUGGAGUAGGAGGCCAUGAUUUUGGGUUUAGCUUUUUUCCAUGUGCUUAGGGUAAGUUUAUACUGCAGUCACUGUUGUGGCUAAUGUACAUGUAUCUGAACAAGUAGCAAUUUGGGCAGAAGGACCACAUAAAUAAAUUUUUAUUAGCUGAAUUUCCUGCAGUCUAGACUUCCUCCACCAUGUUGCAGCAUUACACUGUGGCCCCAGUAAUACUCUAAAGAUCAUUAUAAAAAAUGAUGCCUUAAUUGGAAAGCAUUUUAUGUUAGCUGUUAACCUUAACUCUUGACCUGGAUUACAGAAAAUGCCACUGUGCGGGCUGAGUUCCCCUAAAUAGUAUUAAUUCUAGACAGGAAAACCUUGAUCUUUAUUUAUCUAAUUUAAAAUUUAGGUCUAGCAAGAUUAGGGCCAUUCACAGAGGGACUUUUAACAGGCAUGCAUAAUCUCACCCUUGAGCCACACUGUGCAAGAAAUGGUGAUGAAAGAAAGGUGACUUUGUGCUUUUCAUUGCCUUGGAGUGGUGGUUCAAUCCCACAACCAGGUGUUUCCUGUGCAGCUCUCAGUAGGCAACUGAGGUACUGUUAUGUGUGUACAGUUUGACUGCACUUCAUGCUGCAUUACAGGCUCUGGAGAUGCUGCAGUACGUCAUCUGGCAAUCUUAUCUCCGUGAGCUGUGUUGUUACUAAUCUACAAUUCCUUGAAGAGUAUCAUAUCUGUCUCUUAUCAGAAAAACUCAAAGGCUGUUUCCUUAUCCUCAUUUCACUGUAAAAAGGAAACUCGACCAAGAAAGCAUUAGCACAUCAGCCACAAAUACACCUUCUUCUAAAACAAAAGUUGAUGUGAGUCAGUGUAGCAUCACUCUGUUUAACCAAAUCCAAACACCAAGUUGCAAAUGAGGGCAGCAGCUGAACUACUGUCCAUUCUUGCUCUUUCAGUGCAAUACUGCAGGCCAAAGGGGGGGAGAAAAUGAGAAAAAUGCUGAUAUGUUGUGAGGUGGUAAAUGCUCGGUGUGUUUUGUAGAGGCUGUGCCUAUCUUGAACCAUAUUCUGGUAAUAUAAAACAUCUCUAAUAGUCCUUUCCUUUUGAGAAGAGACACCAAAAACACCAAGGCCUGCUGCAUGUUGCUUUGUGUUGUGAUCUGUGUCUCACUGUAUUGAGUUUUACCAGGAUAGCAGUUGCUUAGUGUCACAGCCUCUUGCAGGUCCUGUUGCUGUUCUGUAGCACGGUGGGCAGCAAUGGACAGGGCUCCAGCGUUUCCUUUGUGAACAGAACAGUGGCAGCAUGCGUGUGGUGAAGGAGUGCUCAGUUCCAGUGUCUGCCUUACUAGUGGGUGAUGUUUGUAGUAUAAACCUGUGUACAAUAAUUUCUUUCUUGGAUAUUUACAAGAAUCUGAAAUUCUUGGAUAUAGGAAGAAACCUAACAUUUAGCUUUCUGCCCUGUUUUUCACAAGCUGUGUGGGUUAAAACAAAUUUACUAGAAGUACAGUCAUACGUAUUAAUACUGGAGGCUGUAUUUUGUGCGUAGUCAUGAAUUAUGCUGUAAAGAGUGAGCUCAUCCUUCACAGCUCACUCAUAAAGUGAUUCUGUGAAUUCAUGAUGAACUAAAAUUCUGGCUUCUGUUCCUUAAAUUAAUCUGACCUUAUAAAAUUACACUUGUUAAAGAAACUCCAUAAUGCUCUUUACUGUAGAGAAACUUGCAGCUGUGCUGUAAAGUCAUUUGUUGAGAAAAAAAAUCAGUAAUAUCUUCCAGAAUUGAUUUACUCUUCUGAAAUAUUCUUGAAGUAUGGACAUACAGCACUUUAAAACCCUUCUUCCUUCUCUAGAAUUUAGGACUCCACAUUAGUUGGUAAUCAGAGUUUGAGUCAAUGUCCAGUUAUUCAUAGAAACCCUUUGUCCCAUGUUGACAUAAUACAGGGGGAAAUAAUGUUUUUCUGUGGAUUUGAAGGAUUCUUCUGUGUAAAAUUUUAAAAAUCAAUGCUUAAAAUAGUCUAUGGCAGCAUCAGCAAUCGUUAGGCUUGAAGUUACUGUGACUUUUUUCUUAUUAAGCAGUAAGACAUGAGUAGCUGUAAUUGUCACGCUACAGCAAGGAGCCUCAGGUGCUUACUGAGUACAGAGCUCAAUAAUUGCCACGCAGCUGAGGGUCAUUUUGCUAGCAGGAAAUCGGUUUCUUUUUCUCCUGAAGUAAAUGAAACAUAAAAUUCUCUGCUUGAAGCCAUGGGGAAGCUGUAAGACAAACAGGUUGAGCUUUGUGUAAAUGUGAAGUCACUUUGUGAAAGUGAACGCAGGACUUGAAUCGCAUGGUGCUGUUGGCGCUCUGGUGUUAUUGGUCACUCUUUUGCUGCACAGGUGUUAGAGGUAAACACAAAAUAGCCUAAUGAGCACUCUUGCAAAAGAAAAAAAAGUCAUGUUAAGAAUUCAGGCACUGUCCUUGCUAUCCAGCUCAACUAAGCAGGUAGAGCUAUGUGGAGAUUUGCUCGUAAAAGAACAUUGUGCUAACAGGUGUCACCUGGAAAACUUCACCUUAUAGUCUUAGGGUUGAGCGAGAGAUUCAGGAAGAGGCAUGAAAUCAAGGCAUCAUAGAGAUCUGGGCAUUUUCCCUAAAAAGCGGUAACUCUCCUUAAGGUUCCUACCCAUUUUCAGGCAUCCUGGCCAUAGGCACCUGAUACGUUUGGGAAGUUCUGAACUGUUGCUGUCGCUCUUUGCUGACUGCAGGGCAUCGUUCUCCUGGGCACUGCUCUUCCAUUAUCUCUGAGUUUUUGGAGUGAUUUCCUGUGCUUUGUGCUCUGGUGCUCUGAUCUUUCCUACAUGUCUGCAUCAUGAAUUACAAAUUACAAACAUACUUAACAACUCUGUCUCCUCUCAGCUCCAGCAAAGCAGAUGGUGAUCUAAGCAGAGCCUGCUGGGGUAGAGCUGUCUAAGGAGGUGGGGAGGGGGGGAAUACUUGUGUUUUUUUUCUGCUGUUCUGGAAUUUUUGAGCAGCAAUAGAAAUGUGGGACAUGAAGUUCUGGACUGAGUCUCAAACAGAAGGUUAUUUCAUAUGGAAAAAUAUUUUUAUAUCACAUUUGUACAAAAUUUUCCCUAUUUUGGUCUCCCAGAAUUUUUAAGGAUGUGCACAUUGCUCAAACUUGAUUUCUUUUGCGGGAUGUUUUAAAUUGUGUGUUAUGUUUGCUAAUGUAUUGCAAAUGUAAAGCUAAGUGUUGCAUGUCUAAUAAACAUGCACUGUGGCAGUAUGUGUUUUGUUUGGCUAACUUGAAGUCAGUGCUUCUUAAUGAAUAUGGAAGGAAACUUGAGUCAUUGUUGUGACUGUCUCUUGAGCAUAAAUGAAUGUGUGGAGCGUGUUUAUUUAAAAAGGGCUUAACUAAGUAAUGACAAGGAAUACUUAUUGAUGACAAAGGUUAGAGUUAAAGCUCAGCUUAGUAUAUGGUGUUCUCAGGAUUUUUUUAAUGUUGUGAUCUUAAAAUAAUCAAGAUUUUUUUUGUCAUCUUUUGGCCAUGGACACUCAUACCUGGUGUAAAAUAGGCUUAAGACGUGGUAACAGCAAUCUGAUACUCAGGUCUCUAUGAGAUGAGAGUCUGAGUGUGCAGGAAUGUAUUUAAAUACUUCUGCCACAGUUCUUACAGUAAGUAAGGAUAGUUUUUGAAGAGGAGUGAGAAUAGCUUCAAGCUUCUACAUUUAUGGACUGUUAGGAUUUCUAGGAGCUUUGUUUUACCUGGGCAGCGCUGAAGAACAGAUGGUUACUUCUCUAGGGGACCUGCUGGGAGCAUUUUCGGCUUUAGGGACUGGCUUUAGGCAUCUCCACUUGUGAAUGUGUGUUGAUGUUUUGUUGCAAACUUUUUGCUUCCUUUUGAGCUGUUUUGCAAGUUGGAUUGUUUCAGGUGCAAAGGGAAAUGUAUUUUUCUAGAAGAAUGAUUGUAUCUGGGCUUUGUAUACUAAAGCAUUUAAUGAACAUGAAAUUCUGUCCUCCUAUGAAAUAUAUUUCAAAAAUGUCUGAAAUGUGCUUCACUAAAAAAAAAUGUCCUGAAUGUGCACUUCUACAUUUAAAUGGAAAGAAGUCUAAACACAAGGUGAAUGGGAUUCCGAAAUGUCUUUUCUAGAGGCAAUAAGUAUUAUUUAAUGUAAGUUAUGUUAUACAUUUGGAGUAAGUGUGAUGAUAUUUUAUGUUAAUUUAAAUAAAAAUGUAUAUAAGUGGGAGGGGACUGAACUUAGAAAGUAUUGCUGUAUAUCUUUGAAAUCCAGAUUUCUAAGCUGAGUCUGUAUUUGCUGGCACUGAUCAUGUCCUGGCUAUUGAAAACCUGGACAAGAGUGAACAAAACACCUUUCUUUGUAAAUGGAACUUGGCAAUAAAGAUGGUGUUACUGAGAA